CCACGUUUUCGGUGUAAAUUUUAUUUAUUUUCGCGUGAAGUCGAUAAAUAAACUUCCAUUUAAUCCUUCUAUUCACGUCUAAGUAUUCACACGCAUCAUUUCACAAGUGCUCGAGUCAAAAAUAGCGAGCAUGAAUUUCUCUGGUUUAAAAAGUAAACUCCAAAAGCUCAGUUUAUCACCAUCGCCUGAUAAACAGAAAUCUGAUUAUGAAAAGAAACAGGCGAAGAAGAUGAGCUACAAAAAGAAGAUGCAGCAGCGGUAUAAACUGAGUGAUGAUCAGUAUGAAACUCACAAGAAGGAUGCUCAGAAACAACUGAAAAAUUGGGAAGAAUUUCGAAAGGAGCAAGUAGUUGAAAUCUUUCAUACGCAGUCUCAAUACGUUUCGAAAUCGAAAAAUUCAGACGUGCGCCAUCCAAAGAUGCAACGAGCCAAUACGGUUGUCAAUCGUCAAGGAGUGAAAGUUGAUGUAGAAUUUGGACGAUUGAAAGAAUACUACUUAUCCACUUUGGCUCCACAAAAAAAGUUUGUGUCGAUUCGUGAUCACGCAGCUCGUGAAAAGGAACUGGACGCUCUUCGUAAGAAACAGAAAAUCAGUUUGGAGCAAAGGAAAGAUAAACAGGACAACAUAAAAAAGUCCCAAGCAGAGUACGAUCAGAUGAAAAGCUUAUACGCUGCCCCUGUCGAUCCCAAGCAAACAAAAGUGGAAACAAUGGAGCAAAAAGAAGUUUUAGAGCCAACAGCCCCGAUGGAGAAAUUCGUUGUGAAUACCACUGACGACAAAAGAGCCCUGUUCCCAGCCAGUUGGUAUCAACAACCGAUUUCCCGUUCGCAAUUGAAGAAAGGAAAGAUGAUUUAUUGGAUGGCAAAAGACGAAGAAGAGGAUAUGACGUUGGACGAUGAUCCAGAGGGAAAGUACACGGUUACUGCUGAAAAGUUGAUUGAGACAAUGACUGCUGGGGGGAAAGUUAAACAUGCUGGAAUAACAGAACCACCUAGCAACACAGCAAACACCAUCAUGUCCGAGUCCUUGGCAUCAAUUAAUGCGAGAUACAAGAAGAGUUGUGAAAGAAAUGCUGUUUUCAUGAAUACCUUGCACGGUACUAUUGAAUUCAACAAGAAACAAGUAUCUGUAGAUAAAACCCUCUCUACAAGUUCAAUAAGCCAGGAUGAUGCGACCGACGCUCCGAAUCAAAUCAUUUUUGCUCCAACAAUCACUUCUCAUGUUUUCAAAGGCCGAUCUCUGAAAAGACAGUAUGCAGUGAAAAAUAAGGCACUUGAAACUUUUGAGGAAGAUCGGAAGGAUUACACUCGAGAGGCUGGAGAAGAAACUAGUGGAUUGUAAUUUUUUGUAUUGAACUAGAAAAAUAAAGCCUUAAUUUCUUUU